UUGAAUGUCAAACUUCAAAAUAGUACUUGGUGUUUUAUGUAAAUAUUUUGAUUAAAUUUAUUAUGGAAAUUGGUAUUUAAAACUAUUUGCUAUGUUUCUUAGCUCAAUAAGAGUAUAUAAUACAAUAGUUUCAAGAAGUUUUCGUUUAACAAUGGCUACACGGCAGUCUAGUGAUACGGCAAAGUUCAAAGAACAUUUAGAUGGAGCAAAAGAGGUUGUUAUUUUAUCCGGGGCAGGAAUAAGUGCUGAAUCAGGGAUACCCACGUUUAGAGGUGCAGGCGGAUACUGGAGAAAGUAUCAAGCGGCCUCCUUAGCGACGCCAGAAGCAUUCCAUACCAGUCCCAGUUUGGUUUGGGAAUUUUACCAUUAUAGACGAGAAGUUGCCGCCAAGGCCCAGCCUAAUGCGGGUCACUUAGCUAUUGCUGAUUAUGAAAAGAAGAAUGGAGCCAAUAAAAAAAUCACAGUAAUUACACAAAAUGUGGAUGGACUACACAAAAGAGCAGGCACAAAUAACUUGAUUGAACUACACGGUAACUUGUAUAAAACUCGCUGCACUAAAUGCAAAGAAGUUUUAGAGAAUACAGAUUCCCCUAUAUGUGAGGCACUAGCCAAUCGUGGGGCACCAGACUCAAAUGUAGUGGGAUCAGAUAUCCCAGUUAAAUCUUUACCACACUGCAGAAAGCCCAACUGUGGUGGUCUACUAAGACCACACAUCGUGUGGUUUGGGGAAGGCUUAGACCCUAUUGUGCUGGAGCAAGCAGGAGCAGCAAUGUCCAGCUGUGAUGUCUGUUUAGUAGUAGGAACCUCUUCAGUGGUGUACCCUGCAGCCAUGUUUGCCCCCCAAGCAGCACAAAGAGGGGCAAUUGUCGCUGAAUUUAACAUUGAACCUACCCCUGCAACACCAGACUUCCAUUUUUACUUUGAAGGUCCUUGUGGUACAACUCUGCCUAAAGUUUUAUCAGCUAAUUAAGCUUUCGCUAAUUUGGCUAGAGUGUGCAACAUAACUGCUAUUACAUCCUAAACAACAAUUAAAUAAUUUGUCCUAGUACAGCACAAUGUAUAUGUUUGUGAAGAUGAAAGAGAAAUUAAAAGAAAUGAAAUGAAAAGAAUGAAAGAAAUGAAAGAUUCUGAUUUAACCUUUGUAGGAACUGUAAAUAGUUUUAAAGAAUCUUGUUUUGUUAGUUGGGUAUUUGAAAUAAAGAUAUAAAAUAUAAUGUAUAUAAUUAUGUAUGUAGAUAUAUCAUAAGAAUAAAAUGCUUUAUUAAAUUAUUGAAAAAUUAUAUUUUUAUCACAAUUCUUA